AUGCCGAAGAACAAGGGAAAGGGAGGUAAGAACAGGAAGAGAGGAAAGAAUGAAGCCGAUGAUGAGAAGAGAGAGCUGGUUUUCAAGGAAGACGGACAGGAAUAUGCUCAGGUCCUCCGUAUGCUUGGUAACGGCCGUUGUGAGGCUAUGUGUAUUGACGGUACCAAACGCCUCUGUCAUAUCCGUGGUAAGAUGCACAAGAAAGUCUGGAUUGCCGCCGGUGACAUCAUCCUCGUCGGCCUUCGCGACUAUCAGGAUGACAAGGCUGAUGUAAUCCUCAAGUACAUGCCAGAUGAAGCAAGGUUGUUGAAGGCUUAUGGUGAGUUGCCUGAGAACAUUCGGCUCAAUGAGGGUGUUGUCAUGGAUGAAGAGGAUGACACUAAUGCUGAUGACUUUCUUGACUUCGAGGAUGAAGACAUUGACAAAAUCUGA